GAGGAAGGUGCCAAAAUCCCAACAGACCCAACAGCGUCGUCUCUCGCACUGCCUUCGUUCCUCUUUGAGGCUUUGAUAUUAUUAUGCGUUUUACCGUCAAAAGGCAAAGUUGCAGGAAAACUACAAAUAUUAUGGGAGAGAGAGGAUGGAAUUAGAAAACGUUGCCUUAUCGCAAAUGUAUUUUGAUAGGUAAAGAAGCAGCCACACAUAUACACAACCACAACCACAACCUCUCUCCGUCCUCACUCUCUUUCCCAACUUCCUGUUUACAUACACACACCACCCUCCCUCUCUCUCUCUCCUCACUCUCUUUCUCUCUCAGCCCAAUAAACCCAAGUGCUGGAAUUUCAAUCAUUGUUCUUGGAGGGAGGUAAAGCUGCUAUCUUUCUCUACCAAGUGUUGGAUUUUUGAUUUGGGGUUCCAUUUUUUUUUUUUUUUGUGUUGGGAACCAUACUUUUGUUGUUAGUUGUUGAAUUGGAGUAUUGGGUAGCACGAAUUUUCUUUAAAUUGUAGUAAUUUCCAUACAAGUUUACAUUUUUGUGUGGGAAUUGGAGAGAGUAUAGAAUAUUAAUGGGUGGUUGUGUUGCGGGGUCUCCAAGCUAGUUCUGGUAGGAAGCAUGCAGGGAACAAUGGCUUCUUUGGUUUCCCUGGUUAGUUGGGGAGGUCUUACAAUUGCGGGUUCAUCCGAAAGGUCACGCUUGCUUGUUAGGAAAGUUUCUUUGCCUAAGACAAGUUUCAAGGGUAGCAGGAGAUGGCAUUGUCUAAGGUUAUCCGUGUGUAAAUAUUCGGUCACAACUACUGAUUUUGUUGCCGAGCAAGGCAAUGAGGUAUCCCUUGAUUCUAACGACUACGGAGGAACUAAAGUUGUUUCUGAUGCCAGUGCUGAUUUUGUACUUAAGCCCAGUCCGAAGCCAGUAUUGAAGUCCUCAGGGGGUUCCAGUACUGAACCCCUUUUAGGUAUUGAUGCAGCUGACUGGGACCCCUCAAGAAUUAGUGGGGAUUCAGAUGAAGAAAACGAAGAAGAGAGAAAUACGGUGAUUGAAUCGCUUGGAGAGGUUUUGGAGAAGGCUGAAAAGUUAGAAACUGCAAGAGUGGGUGAACUGGGUACUAAGACGGAUAGUGGCUCUGUAAAUAAACGUGCACCAUCUAAUGCAAGUGUUAAUUUGCGAAAUACUAAACCAGUGGACACGGCGGCAACUAGUAAGUCUAAAACUUUGAAAAGUGUGUGGCGUAAAGGAGACACGGUCGCAACUGUGAAAAAGGUUGUAAAGGAAUCACCUAAAGUUAGCAAUACAAUUCAGAAUGAGGAGACAAAGAAGGGAGGAGAGGUAAAGGUAGAGUCUCAACCCCGUGCUCCUUUAAGAACCCCUCAGCCCCCCUUGAGACCUCAACCAACAUUACAAGCAAAGCCUUCUACAGCUCCUCCACCCACAGUGAAGAAACCUGUUGUGUUGAAGGAUGUGGGGGCAGCUCCGAAGUCGUCAGAGAUUGAUGAAGCUGAUUCGUCCACAAAAACUAAAGAACGGAAGGGACCAAUUUUGAUUGACAAAUUUGCUUCCAAAAAGGCAGUGGUCGAUUCUGUGAUUUCUCAAGCAGUUUUAGCUCCUUCAAAACCAGGAAAGGGCCCUUCCCCUGGAAAGGUCAAAGAAGGGUUUCGAAAGAAGGAUGCACCUGGACCACGGAGGCGGAAAGUUGCUGAGGAUAUUCUGGACGAAGACACGUCAGAACUCAAUGUCUCUAUUCCUGGAGCAGCAAGGAAAGGGAGGAAGUGGAAUAAAGCAAGCAGGAAGGCAGCGAGACUUCAGGCUGAGAAAGAGGCGGCUCCUGUUAAAGUCGAAAUUCUAGAGGUCGGUGAAGAUGGUAUGUUGGUAGACGAUUUGGCGUUCCAUUUGGCAACAACUGAAUCCGAAAUUCUUGGAUAUCUGUACUCUAUGGGAAUUAAACCAGAUGGGGUUCAAACUCUGGACAAAGAUAUGGUAAAGAUGAUUUGUAAAGAGUAUGUCGUGGAAGUUAUAGAUGUUGAUCCUGUGAAGGUGGAAGAAAUGGCAAGAAAGAAGGAAAUACUUGAUGAAGAUGACCUAGACAAACUACAAGACAGACCUCCCGUCCUCACUAUAAUGGGUCAUGUGGAUCAUGGCAAGACUACCCUGUUGGAUCAUAUCCGGAAGAGCAAGGUUGCUGCCUCAGAGGCUGGUGGAAUUACACAAGGAAUUGGGGCAUAUAAGGUGCUUGUACCAAUUGAUGGAAAGUUGCGAUCAUGUGUUUUCCUUGAUACUCCUGGACAUGAGGCAUUUGGUGCAAUGAGAGCUCGUGGAACAAGGGUGACAGACAUUGCUAUCAUUGUAGUGGCAGCUGAUGAUGGAAUCCGCCCGCAAACAAAAGAGGCCAUAGCUCAUGCUAAAGCUGCUGGAGUGCCAAUUGUAAUUGCUAUAAAUAAGAUAGACAAGGAUGGAGCUAAUCCAGAUCGAGUCAUGCAAGAGCUUUCUUCUAUCGGCCUAAUGCCAGAGGACUGGGGUGGUGACAUCCCAAUGGUCCAGAUUAGUGCUCUUAAAGGGAAGAAUAUAGAUGAGCUUUUGGAAACUGUUAUGCUAGUUGCAGAGUUGCAAGAUUUAAAGGCAAAUCCUCAUAGAAGUGCAAAAGGCUCAGUCAUUGAGGCCGGUCUUCAUAAAUCUAAGGGACCUGUAGUUACACUUAUAGUGCAAAAUGGAACCCUCAAACAAGGGGACAUAGUAGUUUGUGGAGGAGCAUUCGGAAAGGUGCGUGCUUUGUUUGAUGAUGGUGGAAAUCGUGUCGAUGAAGCUGGACCCUCUAUACCUGUUCAGGUUCUUGGAUUAAAUAAUGUUCCUAUUGCUGGUGAUGAAUUUGAAGUUGUCAGCUCCCUUGAUAUUGCACGUGAAAGGGCAGAGUUGCGUGCUGAGUCAUUGCGAAAUGAACGUAUAUCAGCUAAGGCUGGCGAUGGCAGGGUUACUCUUUCUUCCUUAGCUUCUGCAGUCUCAGCAGGAAAGCUGUCUGGAAUAGACUUGCACCAGCUAAAUAUUAUUCUGAAGGUUGAUCUUCAGGGAUCCAUCGAGGCCGUCAGACAAGCUCUGCAGGUGCUUCCACAAGAUAAUGUCACCUUGAAAUUUCUCUUGGAAACAACAGGCGAUGUAAGCACCAGCGAUAUUGAUCUUGCUGCUGCUAGCAAGGCAAUAAUUUUUGGAUUCAAUGUCAAAGUACCAGGAUCUGUAAAAAGCUAUGGAGAUAAUAAAGGGGUUGAGAUUCGCCUAUAUAGAGUUAUAUAUGAACUCAUUGAUGAUGUAAGAAAUGCAAUGGAAGGACUCCUAGAGCCUGUUGAGGAACGAGUAACAAUUGGAUCAGCAGAAGUCCGGGCCAUAUUCAGCUCUGGUAGUGGUCGUGUUGCUGGAUGCAUGAUAAAUGAGGGAAAAGUUGUUAAAGGCUGUGGCGUGGAGGUCAUUCGAAGGGGAAAAGUAGUACAUGUUGGUCUUGUUGAUUCAUUGAAACGGGUCAAGGAAGUUGUGAAAGAGGUAAAUGCUGGACUAGAGUGUGGAAUUGGGGUGGAAGACUACGACGACUGGGAGGAGGGAGAUAGCCUUGAGUUCUUCAACACAGUUCAAAAGAAGCGGACACUUGAGGAGGCUUCCGCUUCAAUGGCAGCUGCAGUGGAAGGAACAGGAAGAAAGGUGCAAAAUUGAAGAACCCUCUUUUGCGCAUGUUUUGACGGAAGCAAAAUACGAUCACCCUCAGUCCAGCAUGCCACUAUGAUCAGCGCCUCGACAGGUUUGCAUCGGUCAAUACCCGCACGUGUGUUUAAUUUCGAGUGUGAGGUGCAAAGGAUCUGAUGCAAAGAUGAAUGUACCCUUGUGUUGUAUGGUAUUACACUGUAUAUAAUUCAUACAAUGUAGACUUGAUCUUGUUUUGUAAAGAGGGAAAGGGACAUUCAUCAAGUUCCUUGUAGUUCCAAUUUGGGGAAGAAGGGCACUUGUAACACAUAACAUUAAAGUUCCAGAAAAAGUUACAAAAUUCUUUUUGAUGAU